GAAUUCACGUAACGUGGGUUCUAUCAGUCAUGAUUGUCGUGCUGAAUGGGAAGGUUUACCAUUGGAGACCAUGGUUUGUUCCAUGUGUACUCCCACUCGGGAGAAUUUGAAGAUUUUGAGAACGUAGAAGGGGCAUCUCCAAAACUUCCGCCAGAAUGUAGAACAAUUAAUGAGCUAAUUAACUAGAUUUUCGCUGUCGUAACAAGAGAGCAAAACGGAGAACUUUAUUAUAAAAUUCAACACAAUGAAAAAACUUCUCACCUGACGGACAUGAUUGGACAACAAAAAACAUAUAAAAAAGACUGGCGUGCACUUAGUCGUGGAUUAGGGGCUGAGAAUCGGCGUUGUCAUCGCCAGAAGCAUCACCAGAUCCGCAGAUACCUGAAUUCAUCCGAUGAAUCUGGACAAAAAUCAUCAGAGGCUUCAUCGAGGGACUCUCGAGGUCCUUCAGUGAAGACCAUCAUUGGUCCACCCCCCAUGAGUCGACAAGUGGUCCAGACUCCACUUGAGUCCAGGGGUCAGCUCAUCGCCAAUGACUUCUUCCUUUAACUAGUAAUACGAGAAUUGAGACAAUCGAUCUGGAGGGAGUGGAAAAAUGGACCACUUCAUGCUGGUCUCUGUGUGAGUGGACAAACCAUUCGAGACUGCAUUCAGGCCCUUCAACACGUGACCAUCAUGUCUAAUAAGCUGGUGAUUCUUCUGGGAGCUGAGGACAUCUAUAAUUGCAGGACGUCAUUGGAUAUUCAACAAGAUUACGAGAAACUUCUGGAACUCUUGGGAACGAAAUUUGCGUAUGCGACUGAAUCGAUUACUCUGUGUACGAUUCCUCCCCUGGGAAAUACCAAUUGGUUGGAUCAACCCUGUCAGUUUUCUACCCUGAGGGCUCUGAACUCUUUUAUCAUCGAUUUGGCUGACACUCAGGGGUAUCAGUUGGUGGAUUUUUUCAGUCAUUUUUCAAACAUCCGGGGAUCACCGAAAUACGAACUCUUUCAAGUGAAACCUAGGAGAGUUUCAACAAGGGCGUCAAUUAGCAAUGCCCCUCAUCAACAAGGUCUACCAAAGUGCUCGUCAUUAGUAACAGUAAAAUAGCUUUGUAAUUCUUAGCUAGAGAUGCAGCCUCAAUUGGGAGAAAGAACUGUCAUCAAAUUAUAACUUUUAAAUAAAAAUUUCGCACAUCUCCCUCUGAUCAGGAUAAUUCUGGGACUUCAUCCAAUUGAAUUGAUUUCUUUUUCCAAACUUUUGGAAAUCAAUUUUCCUUGGUGUUCGUCGAUAGAAUUUAAUUCUGUUUAGAGAACCAACUCUCCAGGAUUUUUUAUUAAAAGUUGAGGCUAGAAUUUGAUGAUAAUAAACGCUGUUUCUCACAAUUGAUCUGGCAUCUCACGCUUUUUAGCUCGCGAAUUACUGUAUUGUUUAAUGGACAUUAAUUAAAUAAUCGAAUUUUAAUUGUAAAUACUACGUGUGACACUUUUAAACAAAAAAGAGCGAAACGACGAAAGGAAAAUUGUCUGUGAUAAUUAUCUGUUAUUUAACUUAUCAUAAACUAACGAUGUAACUAUGUAAUUAUAAGAUUGAAACGAGGAACAGUCAUGUAUUAAUUGAUAAUGUGUCAAUUUUCAAUUGUCAUAAUAAAACAAUUGCCUUUGAGAA